CAUAAAAGAAACAGGUAACUCACUCACCUGAAUAUAUGGUUGAUAUGAAAGUUUUAUGAUUACAAUUAGUUAAUUACUACUGAUAAAUAAAUAAACGAUAAUAGUUUUGUUUUUAUAACAUUGUUAUGAAUGAAAAAAUAAAACCAAAUUAAUUUAAUUGAAAAGGAAAACCAAACAAGACAAUUAAAACUUAUUUCCAACAUCUUAACAAUUUAUGAUUAAUGUUUUGUUUUUGUAACAAUUAACUUAACCAAGUUUACACUUUGAUUUACAACCACGAGAGGGAAAAGCAUCCAACUGAUUGUCUUUAUAAUUAUUCACCUUUAAUUACCAUGAAAUUAACAUGUAAUAAUUUCAUUUCUUCAUCAUCAUCAUUGAUAUCGACAUCAAAAUUAUCCAUUCACAAUUUAGUUAAUCUAAUCAGCGUGUUGAUUGUUUUAAUUUCACUGGAAAUCAAUUCAAUCAUGUCAAUGGAUCCUCUUGUUGUCGAUGGUAUUACAAUUGAUAAGGAUACCCUGUAUAAGGAAAAAUGGAGGCCACAGUUUCACUUUUCACCUCCAACCUCUUGGAUAAAUGAUCCAAAUGGAUUGACCUACAAGGAUGGUCAGUAUCAUUUGUUUUUCCAAUACCAUCCAGGGUCAGUUGUCUGGGGACCAAUGCACUGGGGUCACGCAGUUUCAACUGACCUUUUACAUUGGGACAAUUUACCGAUCGCCUUAUAUCCCAAUAAGGACGGAACAGUUUUCUCUGGAAGUGCAAUCGUUGAUUCAACUAAUGUCACCGGACUUCAGAAAGACGAUAAAUCUGAUUUACUGAUUGCGAUAUUCACCCGAUAUAAUGAAACCUCACCAACGCCACAGACUCAGCAUUUGGCUUAUUCACCUGAUGGAUUAGUUUGGUCUUUAUAUGAUAAUAAUCCGAUUCUGAUGGAACAGGGAAAACCUGAUUUUCGUGAUCCCUCAGUUUCCAGGUAUGGAGAUGAUUUCAUCUUAACCUUGGCCGCUGGAGAUGAGGCUCGAUUUUAUAAAUCACAUAAUCUGAUCGAUUGGGAUUAUCUAAGUUCAUUUGGUUCCAAGCCACGUGAAGGAUCACACGCUGGGGUCUGGGAGUGUCCAGCUCUUAUUUCACUUGAGGCUAAUGGUCAAAAGUUUUGGAUCCUAUUGAUUAGUGUAAAUCCCGGUGGACCCAAUACUGGUUCGGCUACACAAUAUUUCAUUGGUACUUUUGAUGGAACCAAAUUUAUCAAUAAAAAUCCAUCUGAUCGGAUCCUCUGGAUGGACUGGGGUCCAGAUAAUUAUGCAGCCGCUUUGUAUACAAAUAGCCCGAGGGAUAAGCCAACUCUAAUCUCUUGGAUGAACAAUUGGGAUUAUGGUGCAAAUGAGACAACCAAACCUUGGAGAGGACAAAUGACUUUACCUCGAUCGGUUGAUUUAAUUGCAAUCAAUGGUAAUGAUUAUCAUUUAUCAACCUUUCCAAUUGAUGAGAUAAUUAAUUUACAUUCAUCGUUACUAUACACAUUUGAUGGUGAACCUGAAACUGAAUCAUUGGCAAUUCAACAUACAUCGGAUACUUAUCACCUUGAAUCAAAAUUUAAAUUUAAAUCAUCAUCUUUUGGCUCAGUGGUAAUUAAAUUAACCAAUCAAGCUAAUGGUGAAUAUGUUAAUAUGAAAUUGGAUAAUAUGAGAAUUGAAAUUGAUCGAUCUCAAUCUGGAUUAACUAAUUUCUCGUCCGAUUUUACAAAACUAAUUCGAGGUUCUAGAAUUUCAUCUAAUUCUGAACUUUCGGUUGACCUUUUCUUUGAUGUUUCAUCAGUGGAACUUUUUUUCGACAAAGGAUUAACCUCAUUUACUUAUCUGGUUUAUCCUAAUCAACCUUACGAUUUAAUCUCAAUUGAAUGUACUGAUUGUACAAUAUCAUCAAUUAACUUAUACCAAAUGAAAUCUAUUUGGGACAAGGUAACAACUUUGUGAUAAUCUAAAUUAUCUCAAGGUAAAUUUUCAGGAAUCUCAUGAAAAAAUUCAACCAUUCACAAUCAACAAAGAUGCAAUCGCUUUUAAUCAACACUAAUCUAAAUCCCUUUAAUUGUUUCCCUCGCAUGUAAACCUAAAAACAAACUAAUUAACUGAUUGUAACCUCUUUUUCAACCUUGAACCUGUAAAAUAAGUGAUCGGCUUUGGAUUGAUAAUCUACUGAAAAUUGAAAAGAAAAGAAAAGUUCAACCAUGAAACUUAUAUAAAUUCACUGAAUUGAUUUUCUCGUCUAAA